AUGCGUUCCACUCAAUAUAUUCGCAGGCAGCUGGCAGAGCUGCCCAGUUCUGGGCACGGCCGCGUGGGAGUUUUUGUUGGUGGUACCAGCGGAAUUGGAGAGGCCACAGCGCGAGAGUUUGUUCGAUACUCUAUCAGUCCACGAGUUUACCUGCUAGGAAGGAGUCAAGAGCAGGCGGAUCGCAUAAAAGACGAGUUUCGCACUCUGAACCCCACGAGCGAUGUCCGAUUUCUACAGUGCGACGUUUCGCAGCUACGUAAUGUAGACAAACUCUGUGAGCAGAUCAAAGCACAAGAGAAAAGUGUCAAUCUCCUGUUCCUCAGCGCCGGCAUAUUUCACUUUAGAGGGAGGGAAGAAACGAAAGAAGGUCUCGACCGAAAGCUAGCUCUCGAUUGUUACUCCCGACUGCGAUUCGCAGAAAAUCUGCUUCCUCUUCUUCGGCAUGCUUCCCCAGGACCAAGUGACCAACGAGGUGAUGGCGCAAUACCAGCAUGCGCUCGAGUCAUAACAGUCCUUGGUGGAGGUAAUGAAAAGCCAGUUGACGUAGAAGAUCUUGCGGUGGAACGGAAUUAUACUGUUAAAGCGGCCACCAACCAUGCAGUCACCAUGACCACCCUCUACUUCCAACGCCUAUCUGCUGCCCCUCCGAAUUCCGGUGUAGCAUUCAUUCAUACAUCACCAGGGAUGGUAAAGACAAACGGAGAUCGCGAACUGGCUGCCCUUGUGAGGUCAGCAGUGACUUUCGUGUCCUGGGCAUUUCGGCCCUGGGUCUCGACGGCACAGGAAUCUGGAGAGCAGCAUCUCUGGGCUGCAGCAAGUGAUACAUUCAACGGUGGAAGACUGUAUCUGCUUGGUCGAAACAAUGAAUUCCUUGAUAAUUCUCAGGUGCUGCAAAGGCUCAAUGACGAGGGAGUGUCGACAAGAGUAUGGGACCACGUCAGAGAGGUUUUUGACCGGUGUUGUGAUAGUACAGACAAGACAACAUAA